AUGAUGCUCUCAGAGGAUACACUGUUCAUCAUGAAAUAUAUCAAGUCAGAUGAUCUAUCUAACCCAUCAUACUUUGAUGAUGAAUACUCUACUCACAAGGAAACAAGCAGACAAGCUGUGAAGAUAAGUAAAGAGAACAUUGAUGAAUACAAGAAGAUUCAUAUCUACAUCCACAGCAUCACCAUCAAGACACUCAGAUACAAUGAAUAUCAAUCUCAAUGCUAUCACAAAAGCUUCAAAAUCUUUCAAGAAGAACUCAUCAGAGUGGAUGAUAACUCUCUGAAUUCUAUGAGAGCUGAAGAUAAGAUUGAUGAAGAGAUGAGUAUAGAAGAAGAAGUGAACAAGUAUCUGAACACUGUAGAAUCAUAUACACUGAUGUAUAAAGAGUAUCUGAGGUGGAAAAAAGAAGUGGCAGCAAAAGUGUUAUUGAACACAGAUGCUUCAACAAAGUAUAUUGAUGAAGGAAUCUAA